CUGCCCAGACCCCCAACCAGUUCUUCCACCCUCCACCUCCCACUCACCUCCGCUAAUCAGCGACUUUCCUACAUCAGGUUCUUUGCUAGACAUAGUGCAGGGGAUUAAAACAUGAGUCCAGUUUGCGCCCUUCUGGGAAGACGUUAAUAUACCCCACCUACACCUUUCCUUCCAGCAGUGUCUACUCCACAUCCCACCCCCACCCCCACCAUGAAGUUCUCUCUAAAAUACAGUUCCCUGAAACCAUACAAGGCUUUCCCUCUAUGCUGCCUGGUCCUACUUCCUUGCCUGGAGAUUUACCCAUACCCUGCUCUCCACCCUUAAUAUUCUUAAUCCUGUCAUACUUUGAAAUGCUUCUUCCCAGAUGACCUUGUCUGCAUUAACCCUGAAUAUCAACUCAAAUCCUUCAGUGCCCCUAUGUAGAUCUAAUGGAGGCUUUGUGUGUAACCAGCACUCACUGGCAUGCUCAGUUGAAUUCCCAGCAUCCAACAGGAUUGGAAAUGUCUGGUGACAAAGGAAUUUCUGCCUUCCCUGAAUCCGACAACCUUUUCAAAUGGGUGGGGACCAUCCAUGGAGCAGCUGGCACAGUAUACGAGGACCUGAGGUAUAAACUCUCCCUGGAGUUCCCCAGUGGCUACCCUUACAAUGCGCCCACGGUCAAGUUCCUCACGCCCUGCUACCACCCCAACGUGGACACCCAGGGUAACAUCUGCUUGGACAUCCUGAAGGACAAGUGGUCUGCCUUGUAUGAUGUCAGGACCAUCCUGCUGUCCAUCCAGAGCCUGCUAGGAGAACCUAACAUCGAUAGCCCUUUGAACACACAUGCUGCUGAGCUCUGGAAAAACCCCACAGCAUUCAAGAAGUAUCUGCAAGAAACCUACUCAAAGCAGGUCUCCAGCCAAGAACCCUGACUGUCUAGCCUCUUUCCUUGUGUUGUCUUUUUAUUUUCUCCUUAGAUGGUCUGUCCUUUCCUUCAUUUCUGCCUAGGACUCUGUACCUUAAACUGUGGUGUUAUUUUUGUUUUGUUUCUGUUUUUUAAAUUAAGUGUCUGGUUGAGCCCUUGUGAUGAAUAUAUUAAAUAAAUACAUUGGUUGGGUU